AAGAAGGCAUUAAUUCUUGAGAGCCAAUCCCCUACAACCAGUGACCGGCAAUGGCUUCCUCAUUGCUGCACUGCUCGGACAAGCUCCCGUUCAUGAACGUGGAGACCAUCCUGCACAUGAAAGAAGGCCUCGACGAGAACAGCUACGCACAGAACUCUUCGCUUCAGAAGAGGGGCAUGGACACUCUGAAGAGCCUGAUCGUCAACUCUGCAACGGACGUGUACAUUUCGCAGAUGCCGGAGAGGUUCACGGUGGCCGACCUCGGGUGCUCCUCGGGCCCGAACGCGCUCUGCCUGGUGGAGGACAUCGUCGGGAGCAUCGGGAAGAUCAGCUGCCGGUCGUCGCAGCCGCCGCCGGAGUUCUCGGUGCUCCUCAACGACCUCCCGACCAACGACUUCAACACCAUCUUCUUCAGCCUGCCGGAGUUCACCGACAGGCUCAAGUCCGCCGCCAAGUCCGACGAGUGGGGCCGGCCGAUGGUUUUCCUGUCCGGCGUGCCCGGGUCCUUCUACGGGAGGUUGUUCCCGAGGACGAGCGUGCACUUCAUCUGCUCCUGCUCCAGUUUGCACUGGCUCUCUCAGGUCCCCCAUGGCCUCUUCGACGAGACGAACAUGCCGAUCAACAAGGGGAAGAUGUACAUAUCGAGCACGAGCCCUGACGCUGUAUCAGUGGCCUACCGGAGGCAGUUCCAGAGGGACUUCAGCCUGUUCCUGAAGUCGCGCGCCGCCGAGGUCUUCCCCGGCGGCCGGAUGGUCCUGGCCAUGCUCGGCAGGCAAACCGGCGAGUGCGUCGACAAGAGGACAACCUUCCUGUGGGAGCUCCUCUCCGAGUCAUUCGCCGCGCUCGUGUCACAGGGUCUGGUUGAGCAGGACAAGGUGGACGCGUACAACGUGCCGUUCUACGCGCCGUCGUUGGAGGAGAUCGAGGUGGAGGUGCGGCUGGAAGGGUCGUUCAGCCUCGACUACGUGCAGACGUACGAGAUCAACCUCAGCAGCAGCGGCGACGCCAAGGAGGACGGCAGGACGGUGUCCAUGGCGAUCAGGGCCAUCCAGGAGUCCAUGCUCAGCCACCACUUCGGCCCACACAUCGUCGACGCGCUCUUCCACAAGUACACUGAGCUCGUCACCGAGUCCAUGGAGAGGGAGGAGGUCAAGAGCGUUCAGAUAGGGGUGGUCCUCUCAAGGUUGUGAGUUGUGAAUCGAUCGAGUCCAGUGAAAAUAGUGUAUAGUUUGACUCUCUCGUGCUGGCGUGUUCAGUAGUACUGAUUAACUAGUUUAACAGAUUUC